UCUACGCGUGUAGACCAUAGCCAUGGCGAUAUGCACCGCUAUGUGACAGGUUAGCUCCAGAAAAACAUCUCCAGACAGUCGCGGCUGUGCACUCACGGCUGCUGCCGGCAAUAGCUGGACAAGAUAUAAUGAUGGGGUCCCGAAUCAAAGAAAGCCCAGAGACUACUUUUGAGAUUUAUUUAGAGGUAUCCCAUUCUGGAACACCAGGUUCUAAACCAGUGGUCCACCGGCAGUUUCCUGAAGAUUAUAAUGAGAAGGAAACUCUUCAUACAGUACCCAAGUUCUGCUUUCCUUUUAACAUGGACAGUCUAACAGUCAACCAAGUUGGCCAGAACUUCACCUUUGUGUUGACGGAUAUUGAGAGCAAACAGAGAUUUGGUUUUUGCCGUCUCUCCUCGGGUGCUCACACCUGCUACUGCAUUCUCAGCUACCUGCCUUGGUUUGAGGUCUUCUACAAGUUACUUAACAUUAUUGCAGAUUAUACUAUCAAAGGCCAGGAAAGCCCCCUACAAGAGCUCCUGGUAUCGCUACAUACUCUCCCUAUCCAAGAGGCUGGAGUUCCUGUUCAUCUGGGCAUGCAUUCCUUCUUCACUGUGCCUGACACAAGAGAACUCCCUAGUAUACCAGAAAACAGAAACUUAACUGAGUAUUUUGUAGCUGUAGAUGUCAAUAACAUGCUCCAUCUUUAUGCUAGUAUGCUUUAUGAACGCAGAAUCCUCAUAUGUUGUAGCAAACUAAGCACUUUAACUGCUU